AUGAAGCCCACUAGGAUCCGUAUGUGCCAUUCGCUCGUGAUGAACUAUGGCCUGUACAAAAAGAUGGAGAUCUUUCGUGCAAAGCCUGCCACCAAGCGUGAAAUGUCGCAAUUCCACACGGACGAGUAUGUCGACUUUUUGCAUCGCGUUACGCCGGAUAAUGUAGACGCAUAUGUGCGCGAGCAAGCAAAAUACAAUGUCGGCGACGAUUGUCCCGUGUUUGAUGGACUGUUCGAGUACUGCUCCAUCUCGGCAGGCGGCUCGAUGGAGGGCGCUGCGCGUCUCUCGCGCGACAAGUGCGACAUCGCCGUGAACUGGGCUGGCGGCCUGCAUCAUGCGAAAAAAGGCGAAGCGAGCGGGUUUUGCUAUAUCAACGAUAUCGUGCUUGGCAUCCUGGAACUGUUGCGCUAUCACCCGCGUGUCUUGUACAUUGACAUCGAUGUACACCAUGGCGACGGUGUCGAAGAAGCUUUCUAUACCACUGACCGCGUCAUGACGUGCUCCUUCCACAAGUACGGCGAGUUUUUCCCGGGUACGGGCGAGUUGCGCGAUACUGGAUUUGGCAAAGGAAAAAACUACGCGGUCAAUGUGCCGCUCAGGGACGGGAUCACCGACGCGACGUACCACAGCGUCUUUCAGCCAGUGAUGCAGCGGAUUAUGGAGCAGUACCAGCCGAGCGCUGUAGUACUGCAAUGCGGCUCCGACUCGCUUGCCGGUGACCGACUUGGCUGCUUCAAUCUGUCGAUGCAUGGGCAUGCAAAGUGUGUCGAAUUUGUCAAGAGCUUUGGGCUUCCGUUGCUACUGCUCGGUGGCGGAGGCUACACGAUGCGCAAUGUGAGCCGCGCUUGGGCCUACGAAACGGGCCUUGCCGCUGGCCAUGAACUGAACUCGAUUCUGCCGGUGAAUGAAUACUACGAGUACUUUGGGCCAGACUACCGACUCGAUGUUGUGCCGAGCAACAUGGAGAAUCUAAACACGCCCGAGUACCUCGACAAAGUCAAAGAAAAGGUCUUUGAAACACUCCGACACGUAGCGCCUGUGCCGUCUGUGCAAGGCCAUGUCGAGCCACGCCUUGCGCAUGAUCUAGCAAUGGAGGAGGAGGACGAUGAUAAGGACGACCCAGAUGUGCGCGGUAGCAAGAUCCAGCGCCUGCGCGAUAAGCGUGUCCAGCGAGAUGGUGAUUUGGAGGACUCGGAGGACGAAGGCGAGGAUGGCAAGCGCGAUUACCAGACGUCGGAACCACAAGCAAUGGAGAUGGAUCCGCCGGCAAAGCCAGCCACAGAAACGCAGCCCAAAGAGGCACAGUCUGUAGGUGCGCAGCUCACAGAACUGCAGCGCACGGUAGAAUGA